AUACAUAUUGGUAGUUAAAUAAUGCUUGCAAAUCGUUGUGUUUGGUCUACUAGUGGUAGCAAUAUAUCAUUUUGGUAUGAUAGAUGGAUUCCUGAGUUUCACCUUGUUCUUCAUUGUGAUAAUGAGAAUAAUGAGGUUAAACUUAAGGAAUACUGCCAUGAUAAUCAAUGGCAUUUUGAUGAGCUUAGUCCCUCUCUUGGUCCUGAAGUGGUGCAUCUCUUGUAUGAGGUCAUCCCCAAGAUAAUGGAAGAUGAUGACUUGAGACACUGGUCACCUGAAAAAAAUGGUGGGAUUGUUCGUGACCAGGAUGAUGGCCUAGCCUAUGCUUUUGCUCAUUCUGUUGGGUCUAAUAACAGCUUGCAAAAUGAGAUCCAUGCUCUACAAACAGAAGCUAACUUGAUUUCAGUGAUGAAUGUUUGCCCGACCAAUGCUCAGAUGUAUUCCAAAGCUUGUGCAACAUGCUUGGGGGGUACCGGUUCAUUCUGGCAGAUGCAUCACAGAUGGAAGGAUCUUCAAUGACUUCUUCACAUUUCAAUCUACCAUAUCUACCGAGAGGGAAUGGGGUGGUGGAUGCACUAUCUAAGUAAGGCCAUUCUCAUGAGGUCCUUAGACUCAUUUGGUUGGAUUGGAUGGGGCUUUCAUUAGUUAGAAUUUCUUCAUCAGUUUGAUCAUCAAUUAGACUCAUGUAUUCUCUCCUCCUUGCUUUAUUGUAUUCUUAUUUUGCAA